GAUAGUAACCGCCAGAUGUCACAAGUGUCGUUUCAAUAAGUCAUGGCGGAAUUUUUUCUCAUAUUUUGAGGAUUUUCUGAUUUUUGUGGGUAGAUUUAUUAAUUAAGACGUCGAAAAAAAUAUUUCAAUAGGUUGUGUAGGUAAGAGAGAAGCGACUAGAACAUUACUGUGACUACAACCUGAUUCUUAACAGACCGCCAUCGACGUACAAGGGAAUAAGCCUGACUGGGUCGUCUCAGAUUUCGGUGGUUUAAUAAAUAAGUGUAAAUUAUACAAUUUCGACGUCGCAACUUAAUAAUUAAAACUGAGUUUAUUAUGACGCAAUAGGUGCCCACAAUUGAAAGCGUCAUUACAUUUAGAGAUUUGAAAAGAUAUUGUGGCAAUAUGAGUGAAGGUGACUCAGUGAUGUGCCAUGGGAAAAAUGGCUUUAGUGCUCCACGCGUCGGUCAGGGACAGAAUAUGGAUCGACAAUGUCAAAAUCACCAGCACUUUCUAGCACAAAUGGUUGGGGUGGCUAAUCGCGGAGGAGGAUCGCCACGGCAGGGCCAGAGGCGAUGGCAGGGCAGGGACAAGCAACAUCAAAAAGAUAUGAAUUCCCCAUUUGGAUAUGAAUCUGAUGACUCAAGCCUAUCUAGCAACGCAUCAGGAUCAAAUGGAUCUAAUAAAUCAAGUGAAAAUGAUGGUAAACGCAGUUCAAGCAGUUCUGGUUCAAAUACUGUGACUCGUGAAUGGCGUUCCAGGAACCGUCGUGAUCACCGGCCAAGAAGGUUAACAAUAGACAGAUUUAACUCUUCAUUCUAUCCAUUUGAAGUAAAGUUUGCACCUGAUGACUUGCUAAAUGGUUCUCAGUGGGAUACCCUAUCUCAGGAGAUAUGGGAUAAGUUUAUAAAGUCUCAGCAAACAGAGGCCACCUUCCACAACAAGAUGCAACUAUGGAGAUAUCUCUAUGGAACUGUUAGGACAAUAUUCCCACGGUACGGUUUAUAUGUCGUCGGGUCAACGAUGACGGGCUUCGGUCUAGAGUCGUCAGACAUGGAUCUGUGUUUGUAUGUGCGUUCGAUGGGUCACGUGGAGCCGCGCGCACACGCUCUUCUGCACCUGGAUUAUAUUCUCUCCUUCAUCCGUGCAUUUGAUCCGGACGCGGAACUGAUUCAAGCCAAGGUGCCUAUCCUGAAGUUCCGCGACGCCUACUCCGGGGUGCAAGUGGACCUCAACUGCAACAACGUGGUCGGCAUUCGGAAUACCAAUAUGCUCUACGCCUUCUCCAUUGGCGAUUGGCGCGUGCGCCCUCUGGUGGCGGUGGCCAAACUGUGGGCGCGUGCGCAUCGCAUCAAUGACGCGAGACGACGCACGUUGUCUUCGUACGCCCUCACACUCAUGGUCAUCCACUUUUUGCAGUGCGGUACCAACCCGUGGAUUCUCCCUCGCGUUCCGGAAGUGGGCGAGAAGCCCUCGAGGUCCCAGAAUAGGCUGACUCUAGGGGAACUGUUCCUGCAAUUCCUCAAAUACUACGCAGAUUUCUCAUAUGACCAGAUGGCGGUGUCGGUCCGCGCCGGAAGACGCAUCCCCAUCGCGGAGUGCCGCUACUCGCAUCUGGACCCUCACCAGUGGAAACACAUCUGUGUCGAAGAGCCCUUCGACCUGACGAACACGGCUCGGUCGGUGUACGACCCCGAGACGUUCGAGAAGAUCGUGAAGGCCUUCCGCGACAGCCAUCGACGGCUCGCCGCCCGCCCCCGCCUGGCCGAGGCCUGGCCCCAGGCCCGAUGAGGCCGGCUCGGCCCCGAGGCCGUCGAGGCCCGAAGGCCGUUCGAGCACGUAGGCUGUGAUACGCGACCGACCCCGUAGAGCGGGGCGACGGGGCGGGGCCUCCGCGGACAUAUGUUACUCGCGCGGCGCCGCGUCCGGAUCGCCUCGCGGUUGCGACUCGGCCUCCGGUCGCGCCUUGAUUGCGUCCUGUUAAUUUUUUAAUAUUUAUAUUUAUUUGUAAGUUAUUUAAUGUACAAAAUAAGAAUGAAAGAGAUAUUGAAAUGUUUUAACGUUGUCUAUGUUUUAUGUGAAUAGUAUUUUUUUUGAUGUAAACGAGAAAUGACAAAAAUAUAGAGUCGUCGCUCGCAGCGCACGCUUCGACAUUCCUUCGGGCGCGGACUCGUCCGUCCGUCCGUCUGUGAUAUCCGCCGCAAUAAUAUUCUGGUGCUAAAUUUUGAAUGUUUUCUCGACGUCGCCCCGGAGAUGAAACGCGAACGAGGCAUAUCUUUGAAACCGUAAGGAUUGUGCGAGAAUGGUUAUCUCUGUGUGUAGGAUGUUAAUUGUCAGAUUGUUGAAGUUUUUUUAGCCCGUAUCGCGGAACCGCGGCGCCUUUUAUGAAACGAUAGAAAAUAUAUUUUUAAAAGUGAUGAGUUUUAUCAAAUUGUCGACCGUCGGAGCCGCCCGACGCGUUGAUUUUCGCCUUCGCGCCCAGACAUUUAUUUAAUCGUUAAGUUUUAUAUUCGUUUUACCUCGAGGGACGUCUCCCUCGCGUCGAAGUACAAUCAAUAAUUUAAAAAGUUUAUCCGUAAGUAAACUUUGAUAAUUAUGAAAAUGAGAGAAUGCUCAAUCUCGAAAACUGAUUAUAAAAAAUAAAAAUCCCUAAAACAAUAAAAAACAAAAAUAAAAAAUUCAAAAAAAAAUGUUUAAAAUAUUUGUAAAAAUAAAAAAAAAUAUAUAAAAAUGAAAAUUGAUAUAAAAAGGAUUCUUCCUAAUCAGGGUAUUGCACGCUUAAGACGAUGGCGAUACACCGCCAUAUAGGCCGCUCAGUGGCGUCGGGACGCGUUCAUCUUCCGUGAAAUCGCAUGGAGUCGUCUCGAUGAGGCUCUGGUAGUCUUCCUUUGAGUACGACUCGUUCUUAAUCGCGGUCGAAUCGUCCUACGCAAUGAAAUGUAACCGAAUAAUCGACGCCCCAAACGAACCUCUAUUCCAAAUUAUUAUGCAGUUUGUAUCUCUUUAACGUAAUUUUAAGUGUUAACGGAAUGUUUUAUUAAAUUAUUAUUGGCAUUAUAUAUUAUGGGGCGCGCUAACUAUCACUGCCGAACUGUUGUAUAUCGUAUUUUUAAGGCAGUUAAGACUAAUUUGCAUUCGAACAUUUGGCUUGCAUUGCGAGUUACGGGGAAUGGAUUUGGCGAUGGUCACUGUUCUUUUAGAAAACAUGAAUUUUAAAACUGAAAUGCUAAUGAAAGAAAAAUGUUGUAUUAAAAAUAUAUUUUUCAUGUUUUAAAAAACAAUUGUAACGCAAAGUGACGUCUUCAAAUUCAUUUCUCGACGUAUCAAUAACUGUUUGUGCUUCAACGGAGUAAAAUGCAAAUUUUCAAGCACUUUAUUCGCUUGCCAAAACUAAUUGUGAGAGAAAAAAAAAUAUUUUGUGAAAAAUUCCAUAUCAAUAGUAAAUUUUUCCUCUUACAAAUGUUUGCAAUUUAUUAUAUUGGACACGAGCAAGGUUAACAUGUACAAAAUUUAUUGUAAAUUAUAUUCUAAAAUAUACAAACUGCCACAUAC